AUGGAACCCUCCAGAACCAGACCCAUGGAACCCUCCAGAAUCAGACCCAUGGAACCCUCCAGAACCAGACCCAUGGAACCCUCCAGAACCAGAUCCAUGGAACCCUCCAGAACCAGACCCAUGGAACCCUCCAGAACCAGAUCCAUGGAACCCUCCAGAACCAGACCCAUGGAACCCUCCAGAACCAGACCCACGGAACCCUCCAGAACCAGACCCAUGGAACCCUCCAGAACCAGACCCAUGGAACCCUCCAGAACCAGACCCAUGGAACCCUCCAGAACCAGACCCACAGUCCAGAGGUGA